UAUUGAUCUUGGAAUGUGCCAUCUUCCAAACAUGAUUUUUAUAGUUUAUCAUAAAAUCAAAUAACAACAGCUUCCGUCUCGCUAAUAAAACAAAGCUAUCCAGAAAAUGUGGUUGAACUACUUAAUAAACACCUAUAUUAAUUGGAUUAUAUAUUAUUGGGGAAUCUGCCGAAGAAAGCGUGACUUCUAGUUUGACCUAGUUUUUGUAUUAAGAAGUUUGUCUAAGAAUAAGAAUUUUUGUUUAACCUUUUCAGAUAUUACAGAAACUGGUUGGUGAUUAAAAAUUUUACGACGGAUAAGAAUUUGGUUUUGAAUCGUUAAUAAAUUCAGCCUAAAUGAGAUAUGGGAAGCAAAGAACUUUAGAUCUCGGCAGGGGAUUAUAAAAUGCAGCCGGAAUGGUCAUAAAUAUUGUGCUAAUAAACGGCAUUAUGAUCAUAAUAAGCAUGGCUUAUAGGAAAUGCUUGAAUACGGCAACUAAGCGAGAUUGUGGUGUGUGUUAUCAAAGCAUUUGGAGUUGGCCGGGUUUUUGAAAUUGAGACGCCAACGUAUGGACAACAGACAAACAAAAGAGUGAACAAAACUAUUGACACUUUGAUUAUGUUUAUUGGUUUUUCAUCGAUUUCGCUUUGGGCCCGACAUUUUUCUCCAUCUCGCAUAUAAAGUUAGUAAGAAGCAUUGGACCAGUCCGCAGUACGGUGGCAAACUUUGAACCUCGCGCAGCUCGCGUUUAGAUCACGUAGAUCGCAUCGCAUCGCGUCUCAUAUCGGAAUUUCGAAUCGAACGAAAAGAAAAAAAAAAUACAAAUAAAAUCGACAAUUAUCGCAUUAUCGCCAGACACUAAUCAACACGAAAUUAAAUCAUAAUUAAAGCCGGAUUAAAGUGAAGACUGUGAGAAAUAUGCGCAAUUUUCUCAUCACAUUGCUGUGCCUGGCGCUUCUCUCCUCGCAGCUGGAUGCGAGGCUCGUGAGGAUUCGUCGCAUUCGUCGCCUGGUCGGUGGCAGCGAACGUGAUGCCCAGAUAACGGAUUUUCGCGUACAGCCGCUGGACGAGAAUGGUGUCUUUAAGUAUGCCUUCAAGACGAGCAACGGCAUCGAUGUCCAGGCUGCGGGAAGUGCUUUGGAAACGAUUGGCAUCUUUAGCUACACCUCACCCGAGGGUCAGGAUAUCGAGACUCGCUACAUAGCUGAUGAGUUGGGCUUCCAUGUGGUGGGCAGACAUCUGCCCCAACCACCGCCAACACCCAGCUAUAUACUGCGAUCAUUGGAGUACAUUCGCACCCACAACGAAGAUGGUUCGCCGAAAGUUCAUACACUGUGAUCUUGAAGCACGAGGCACGUGGCACGUGGCAGUGGCAGCUGAAGCAGAAGUCUGAUAAACUGAUAGCAUGUAGAAUCAACAAAACAAAGAAAAAGAAACAAAAAACACAAAAAAAUAUCCCACACUAAUACAAUAUUCAACUGUUGAUAGUUUUCGUAAGUUGAAGCGGCGCAAAAGAUUUUUGGUCUUUUGGUCUUGGAUUUGUUUUUCUAGUCGUUCCGUUUUCAUAUAAAUCAUGUCAUCUGCUCUACUCUAUUCAUAUUCAAAUCGUCCCAUAUUCUUCCGUGCUUAUGGCUCAAACUAAUUUAUAUUGACACUUAAGCAUAAUUUAUAAGCAAUUUUAUUUCCCACCCACGUAAUUAAUAUAAGAAAAAAAAAGAACGAAACAAAUAAAAAUGCCAUGCUUUAAGUAUUUGUUUAGGAUUGUCGACCUCUUGUUGGCUAAUUAUGUCUUAAUCAUAAUGAGCACGAUCAUAAUGCUGUUUCGCAUGACGUGACCCGGCUCAUAAAUAUUUAUGCUUCUACUCAGAAUUCACAAAUCAAACUGGAUGGAAAUUAAAGAAGAUUCCAUUUUUCGUUGCUUUUCGAUAUCUACAGAUUUUUCGUUUAACUCUAUAUAAACAGGAUUUUCUUUCCGGGUGUCCACAUUUGUGCUUGAGUAUUCACAUUAUCAACAGCUAAAUGAUAUGUGAGUUCUCCCCGAAAAAAACACAGCAAAACUAACUCAAAUAUUUGCAAAGCUUCCAUACUAGCUCGGCCUGAUCGAGCAUUAAUUCACUA